UUACUGUUCCUGUUUGUCGGAGUCAAAAGUUAGUGCGGCCCUGUCUGUGGUCUAUAUUUAGCAUUUUAACCGGGAACAUUUGCCGUUUAUUAGCUCUAGGGUUAUGUUACGUGUAUUUUGAACGCGUACACAUUAUGUUUUAGUAAAGUGAGUCGCCAUAAAUGAGGCAAACAGGUGAAUUUAGUAGGCCAGAGGUUUCAAAACAAGCUCGCCUCGGAACAGAAAGCUUCGAUAUUUUCAGCUUUUUUUCUUGCACAGGUCUACUGUCUGGCAACAUUCAAGUAGCCAUUGACGUCAGACUUUGAACUGUGACCCGGAACCUGUACACCUGAGGUCCUCCAGGAUCGCUGGGCGAGGCUCUGAUACGAUGGAGCAUGAUGGAGGGGAAACUAUAUCAGAUGUCAGUUUUCCCUUGGGAGAGGGUGUGUCUGGCCGCGGAAGAAGUACAAUCUMUAUGUCUGAUGAGGGAGAGGAGGCUUUCUAUGUGCCUGAGAGGAGACCCUCCCUGGACCUGGGAGAUGGCCUGAGACCCAUGGACACUACUCACUGGCAUGAUGUGGAAAGGGCUAAAUCCCCGGUCCACAGCUACAAUUCUGUAAACAGUGAUACCCAAUUCUGGCCAUCUGAUGAACUGGAUGAAGAAACUGAGCUGUCUGCUACUAGAGUCCAGCUGGAAAGAACAGAGUCUUACUCCAGUGGCUACUCCGUGGACAGUGAUGACUGUGAGACCAGAACCAGGAAGUCUCAAGACACAGCACCUAAAGAAGAGGGUCCAGCAGUGGAACUUCCAAGACCAGAGCUGAUCAAAAACCCAGACGAGAAGAGACACCCUGCUCUGACUGUAGACUUCACCUUCAAGGCCAUCAGGAAGACACUGGAGAAACUGGGGAAGGAUGAUUUGAGGACAUUUAAGAUCACGCUGUGGAAGCGCUACCCAGAGUCAUUCAGCUCUCCUCCCCAGGGCAUGGACAUGGUGGACCUGGUGGAUAGACUGCUGGAGUKUUAUGACCUAGAGGUGGCCCUGCAGCUCACCAAGGCCCUGCUGAAGGACAUGGGCCUCAAACGCCUGGAUGCCUACCUCACGGACCUCUGCAAGAAAAAUGAGGUGCGUUAUGAGCUGAGAGACACUCUGUUGAGGAAGUAUAGCUGGAUGUGUGAGGGCGUUGCCCAGCAGGGAGAGCAUAAGGCCUUUGAUAGUAUCUUUAAUGAGCUCUACAUAACAGACCGAGGCAAUGCUGGGCCCAACAUCGAGCACGAGGUCAGAAAGAUCGACAAGCUGUCCACCAAUCGCAAGGAAGAGAAGCGGAUAACCUGUAGCCAGAUCUUUGACCCCGAUGUGAUCUAUGAGAAGCAUGUGAGCCAUAUAGUGACCAACGGCAUCGCCGGGGUAGGGAAGUCUGUGGCCGUGCAGAAGUUCAUCAUGGACUGGGCAGAGGAGCGCGAGCACAAUCAUGUCUACUUCCUGUUCCCACUGCCCUUCAAAGAGCUCAACCUCAUGCUGAACCUGAAGAUCAGCCUCCUGGAGAUCGUCCACACUCUCUACCCCGAGACCAAGGUGCUGCCCACCUUCGAGUGCGACGAAGGCAAGGUCAUGUUCAUCUGUGACGGGCUGGACGAGUAUGCACAUUCCCUGGACUUCCACCGCACCGAGACUUGGUGUGACAGCACUGAACCAGCCGCCAUGCACGUGGUGGUAACCAACCUGAUUAGGGGCAAUCUGCUCCCCUCGUCUCUCCUCUGGAUAAUCUCUCGCCCACUCACCUCCAGUCGGCUGCCCCCAGAGUCUGUGCACCAGGUGUUGGAGGUCCGUGGCUUCACCAACGAACAGAAGGAAGAGUACUUCAGGAGGAGGUUUCAGGACCCGGCGCAGGCCGAUAAGGUGAUUGCCCACCUGACCUCCUGCAAGACCCUCCACAUCAUGUGCCAUCUGCCCAUGUUCUGCUGUGUGGUGCGGGAUGUUUUCCAGCACACGUUUAGGGAGAAGGGGCCGGAUGCAGAGCUGCCCAAGGGGCUGACCCUGAUGUACACUCGCCUGCUGCUGGUGCACCUGCAUGUGCGUGGUGCCAGGGGCUCAGCCUCCCGCACCCCGGAAGAGGAGAGGGACUUCCUGAUGAACCUGGGCAAGCUAGCCUUUACGAUGCUGGAGAAAAACCAGAUGGUCAUUGGCAAGGCCACCUGGAAGGACUGCGGGGUGGAUGUCGCUGAGGCUGUCACCAAGAGUGGCCUGUGCAUUGAGUUCCUGAUCGAGCAGUUUGUCAUGUACCAGGAGAGGAUCCAGACCUUCAUCCACCCCACCAUCCAAGAAUACCUGGCUGCCCUCUACGUGUUCCUCACCUGGAGGUGUAUGGGGCAGAACGUCCUGCAGCAGCCGCGGAAUAGCAAGUUCUCACGCAUGUUCAAGGACCCCGGGUUGCUGGACAUGUACCGCAGUGCUAUAGAGAGAAGCUUACAGAGCCCCGAUGGAAACCUGGAUGUCUUCCUGCGCUUCCUGUUGGGCAUGGCCCAGACGGCCAAUCAGGAGCUGCUACAACGCUUCCUACCCGAAAUGAACAAAUGCUCGUCGGCCUCUGAGGAGACAGCCGCCAUUAUCAGGAAGAAGAUUAAAGAGAACCACUACCCUGACAGGAACGCCAACCUGCAGUGCUGCCUGGACGAGCUUGGUGUUGGUGCUGAAGCUCCCAGACGCAGCCGCUCAAACUCUGUGAAGAGCCACUGACUGACAAUACUCUGACUACAGUAUUUAUAAAGAUGUAUAUAUUAGGUUUGAAAUAUGGGUUGUAUAGUUAGACAAACUUAAGGGAAUUGGGGAAGAAAGAUAUGGAUACUUCAGGGUUGCUUUGUAACAAUACUUAACUGUGGUAGUAAGUGGAAAUUUGUCAUGAGAAGUAGCCACAAGGUGGCAGUAGCAUUACACUACUAUACUACUGAGACACAGGCAGUAAAGUCACUCAGCUACUGUGAGGGGUUAUAAAAAGAGUAAAAGGGAUGUGACAAAUUACAUAUUUAUAGGCAGUCAGUCACAUGUAUUGACUGUAUACUUAAUAUAACAUUGUGAAAAUGUUUUACACCAGGUAUGUGCAACUGAUGGGGGUGGGGGUCACAAUCUUAACUCACGACAGGCCACAGUAGCGCGCAGGUCUGUGUACCCACAGCCAUACCCACACAUGCAGUCAGAGCCGGCCCCAAGCUUUUUGCGGGCAAAACAUUUGUGUACCCCUCGACAAGGAAGAGAAACUAUUUAAUUUCCUGCAAUUCUACACAUUGCCAUGGGGCUUAGAGCAAAUGUUGCAGUUUUAAAGCAAGUUUUUGGCAA